GGAACGCACAUCUCGUUUCCUCCACUCCAUAAAUAAAUGCCCGUUUCAUUCACGAAUUCCACAUUUCCAUUCCAGCCCGCCGCCACCCCCCUGUUCCGCUCUGCAUCUCGGCCUCCAGAAAUAAUGGCGACGCCGCCGCGCCUCCUUGUCGUGGUGUUGCUCCUCCUCGCGACGGCUCCGGCCCUCUCCGUCGCGGCGAAGCUCGUCGUCGGCGACCGCAAGCGCUGGGCACCCAAUGUCAACUACACCGACUGGGCGGACCGGCACGAGUUCUACGUCGGCGACUGGCUCGACUUCGAGUACGAGAAGGACAGGUACGACGUGGUGCAGGUGAACGAGACGGCGUACGCGAGGUGCGACGGCAGCAGCCCGAUCCUGAGCUACAGCCGUGGGCACAACUUCCCGUUCCAGCUCAACCGUACCGGCCGGUUCUACUUUAUCUGCAGCCGCGGCUACUGCUGGAACGGCAUGAAGGUGUCCGUGCUCGUCCAGCCCGCGCCGCUGCCGCCGGCCAUGGCGCCGUCGUCCCACGCGUCGCGCGCCCGCGCCGCGGCCGGGGUCUGGCGGUGGGUGGGGCUCGCUGCCUUGCUGCUGCUGGGGUCGUUGCCGUUUCGGGUGUGAACGGAAAGGCGCAAGCAUUGGGGGUCCGGGCUGGCCUUCCUGACAGAGUAGUAGUCUACAGCUGUUUGCUGCCGUGGUACCCAGUUUUAGCAGGCUAGCGUAGUCGUGUGUCGAAGGAAAUAUCAAAUAAUCCUGAAAACGAGCGAUUGGUUUAAGGCGAUUUUCACGAACUUCUGCAUGAUCUGAGCUGCCAGUUUGACAGAACAUCAGCUGCUAACCAACCAUACACUGAACUUCUGAAGUUUGUUCUAAAAAAGUCCGAAGUUUGAAAA